UCGAAGCCGAUGCGGUAUGGUUGUGCGUCUAUUGCGAAACAUUGAGUUAAAACUGUGAUUCUAUAUUUGGAUUUCAUAUUUUCGGUAUAUAAGUAUGUUAUAGUGUGAAGCGUAAGUUACGUAAGCAGUUGACUCUUUGUAAGUUAUAAGUGCUAAGUGUUAACUGUUAAGUUCGAAAUGGGUUGCAACACGAGCUCAGAAGCGAAGAAAGAGGAGAAGGACUCUCAGGAAAAUCAAGAGAAUGCAGCUGCAGAAGAGAAACAAAAAGAAUCGACAGAGGCUAGCAACACAACAGAAGAGCAGCAGGCUGCGACGAAAAUUCAGGCAGUUUUCCGAGGACAUAAGACAAGGAAAUCAGUCAAUAUGAAAGCGGCCGAUAAAGCUGAGAAACCGGACUCGCAGGAACCGACAAAGGCUGAGUUGGAAGCGGAGUUUCGUGCUGACGAUAAAGAUCUAUGCAACGCAGCAACGAAAAUUCAAGCAUCAUUCCGCGGCCACCAGGCACGCAAACAAACCCAGGUGGUGGAGAAAACCAAGGAAGAACAGGAUAAGGAAGACGUGGAGAACAUAGAUCUCACCGACCCAGACCUGAACAAGGCCGCCACCAAGAUACAGGCGUCUUUCCGCGGUCACAAGGUCCGCAAAGAUACCACCAACUAAAUGUAACCCGCGCCUUAUAACUUGAGACUUCCCCUUCCCUAAGACACCCCGCGAUCGCCUGUGUAGGUUAGAAAGGUUGACACACACUGGACGCUGUACUACUACAACAAUCAUCUAUUAUUUGGAGCACUGCAGAAACAUUACAUUAAAUCUUUUUGUAAUACAGUAAAAUAUGUACUUAAUAAAGUGAAGAAUGUUUUUGUUAUUCUUAAAACUGUCUUUAUUACAUUGUUUAAGGUUGAUAACAAUAUUCAGUUCAGAAAUACAUAAGGGUUCUCAACAUUUAAGUCAGUGAUAAAAAAAAAACAAAGACUUUCAGAUAAAUUAAUAGUGUGCAAUAUUAUUUAUUUUAUAUCACUGUGCUGCAACUGUUAUAAUUGAAUAGAAAUAUGAUACAUAAAUGAUUACCUACUUUGAUUGCAAUUAUUUAAGUUCAUGUGUCAGAUUGUUUUUUACAUUCGCCCCCACUUUUAUUUAAAAAUGUGACAGCCGUUCAGAUAAACUGCAAAGUUUUAGUGUGCGCCAACCUUUAUUUAAAAUUGGACUCAAGUCUCAUGUUGUAGUUGGUCGUUGUAAUUAAUCUAUUAAAAUAUGUCUCGUUUGUACGUAUUUAGAGUUUUUAUCCUGUGCUAAAUAAUUUACUUACAUCAUUUUAAAGAUCUGUCUCCGAAAUUUUUCAAUAUUACCUUUAAAAUCUUUUUCGAUGUUGUCAUCUUCAUUGAAAAUAGGAAGUGAAUUUCUGUGAAUAUUGAAAAUGUGAAUUUACGUACGUAUGAGUUAUUUAUUUAAGAUGUUUGAUGAUGUACCGAAAACACUGCAAAUUAAAAUUCGAGUAGUUUCCAAUGUUGAUGUCUGUUUUUUUCCUUUUCAAAUCAUUCGAAAAAUUAAAAUACCAAUAUGAAAUAAAACAUAUUCAUAGAAAUUUUGCUUUCGAAUAGUACGUCGUCUAUGAUUAAUUACAUUGUUUGCGUAUGGGGUCAAUUCACUAAUGUCUACGUUGUCAAAGGACAAUGGUAUGAAUAAUCGAUUUCUAACUAAUAGGAUUUGGAGACAUGAGUGAACACUCCUUAGAGACACUGAUAGCCUUUGGGGCGAUAAACUAUACUUUAGAUUGGCUUUUAUAUUUUUUAUUUAUUAUACUAUUUUGCCUUCUCCUGUCCAAGAUUGUGGCCCACUUUACGAGCAAUAUGUCCGAAGAAUUCCAGCACCCUACGAAGGCAUAUAGUGGAAAGUCUCGUUUUGACAUUAAGUUAUCUCAGAAUAUACACGUUCGCGUUGGUGCGAAAAGCGGUCUAUGGAAUCUGUAACAUUUUUCUCCAGCUCCAUAUUUCAAAGGUCUAUUCGGUCUCUGUCGGUCUUUUUCAGUAUCUAGGUCUCCGCUCCGUAACUGAAGUUUCUGCAACAGAAGGUGGAUUGAUGUUAAUUCAGUUUUUUAUAACUGUUUUAGUUAAACGUGCGUUCGCGAUACUUUUAUUCAUAAAUCCAAUGCAGUCGGGUUUUGUGCAUUGAUAUAAAAAAUAUUUACUAAUGUAGAUCAUAGCAUCUAUAAUAGUCAAUAUAUUUUAUAGAGAGAUGAGACCGAGCAAUUAAUUGUUCGUUGUUAUGAUUUUGAUCGCUACUCUAGCUAAGUAUAAUGAAAGCUGGUUAUAAUAAAAGCUCGAUCGCCGAUACAUUGUUAUUGAUAGGUUCUAGAGAGUGAUUACGAACUAUAGUGAAGCUUUUAAUUUUUGUUGAUGGUUUGAGUAGAUAUAUUAAUGAUGCACUAUGACUAUUAUUUUAUGAUUGAUGACAUUAUGAAUAUAUGAGAUAAGAAAUCAAAACACGGAACUGUUUAAUAACAAACUGCAAAUAUGCGAUUGCCAUUGCGAUGCGAUUUAUAUCCUUAAUGUUUAUGUGAAAUAAUACGAUUUUCCUACAGAUGAUUUUCAAAAACUUAUUCAAUUAUACUCUGGCUCUACAUAAUGGCUUCAGGUUGUUGCAAUUUUGAAAUUUGAUUUGAUAUUUCUGUGAGACUCGGAGGAUUAAGAUAAUUCAGUUGACAUUACAAUCAUUUUAAUUGGCACCCUCGAUUAAACAUAAUUCCAGAUUAACGUUCCAAGCCACAAUCAUGUCGAAAUCGAGUUAAGAACACACAACUGGUCACGUGAUUCAUAUUAACAGACUGACAAAAAAUGGCAGGCCUACUGUCACGCUUUAAAUGACAUGUAAGUAGACCAAUACACUUAUAUUUAUUAAACUUUAAACACGAAUUCCUUAAAAUGCGAUGUUUGUGGCUUAAAACGUUUUUCAGGGACUACGUCCAAAUUGGUCUUUACAGCGCCAGAAUGGGUACAUUUUACAAUUUACACUGGGUAUUCGAAUAUAACAGGCUUUUUUUCUAGAUAAUUAAAGCUAAAUCAUCGCUUUUCCUUGAGUUGCAUACACAAACUUGAUAUAGUGUGAUGUAUACACGACCCAAAACCAGUGGUUCUCUCUGGAGAUUAUUUACUCAUGUCGCCUGAGCAAACAUUUCCUAUCGUCUAAAGCUUUAACAUAUAACUACUUAGUUUUAGAUCUUAGAGAGCAAACGCUUCGUUUACGAGAGACUGUACAUGAGAAGUUUGCUAGUUGUGACAUAAAUCGAUUAGAUACUACUGCCAUAUACUGCUUCGUUCACUACUAAAAGUAGAAUUUGUUGCUUAGUACUAAAUUGUACUUACAUCUGUUAUUGUUUAAGCGAAGCUUGUAAAUCUCUAUAAGAUAAAUAUUUUAAAUACGUACAAAACGAAACAAGUAAUAAGUAAAUUAAAUUACAGAUGUCAAGAUGUCAAUUUAUGGUGGGAUAAAAUUAAAAGUAUAACUAGUAUAAUUUCAGUUUUGUUUUUUAAUAUUUAGACCCUCUUAGUGAUAAAUCGUUGAGUUAUGUAUCAACAGUGGUGAAAAAAAUAUUUCAACCUAUCAGAAUGCAACUAUACGAGAUCUUAUAGUCUUGUGAAAGAAAGCAAUCUCGAGUAUUCUAUGAAUUUGUUUACAAUUCUUAUUAUUGAAUAUUAUCUGAGCCUAAAAUUGACACUUAUCUGUCUGUAUAAAUAGAACACAAAGUAGGUAUCUCUCUUUCUAUACUGUUUUAAUAAAACUUAUGAAAUAGCUAUUUUAUAUUCUUUUGACAUUCAAAUUUUUAAUAACACUGAGUAUAAACAAAAAGGAGUUAAAUGUGGGUUAAAUACAAAUAUCCAUCUACCCUACAAUAAAUACAAGAAUAGGUGUGACCAACUACAGUGACGAGUUGUUCGAGAACAGUCGACCUGAGAGGACGCGUCCCUGAUAUUUAUGAGCAUUUAAUUUCAUAUGAAAAUCCCGCAUUUCACACAAUAUGUGUCUUUUUAAACCCAUCUCAGCUACAAUUUCAUAUCUGAAUUUAACUUAACCGAAUUCUAGUCCAAAUCUAAAUCAAAGAAUUUAAUAAAAUUCAUUAAUUACAUAACAUUGAAUAAAGAAAAAACGUCAAAACAUCAAAUUGCCUGUUUGUUUAUACUUCUUGUAUUUUGUCAAAAAAUAUUAUUAUUAGUUAUUUUUAUAGUUUAAGGUAUUUUAGACAACAAUAUACAUAUUUAAAUACAACUUAUGUAAUUUGCAUUAAUAAUAAUUGUGUUUAUAUGAUAAGUCCGCCAUGCAUGCAUUUAUUAUUCCUGUCGGAUAUAAUUUAAUUUAGAUUACCUUAAUAAAAUGAUUAACAUUUGCCUGCAAAAUUGUUUUAUUUUAAACCUUAAUCUAUAGUAAUCGUAUUUUUUUAUGGAAGAGGCGACUAGGACAAGAGAGGAGAGGUCACCUCGUGGUGUGUGAUCAUCGCGGUCCAUUCUCUCUUGUAACACCAGAGGAAUGGAAGGAGCUUAUAAAUCUUCCAAAAACGUAGGAUCUUAUGAAUUCGAAAACUUAAAAACAAUGGUACGCUGCGUUCGAGGAUCGACUGGGAGGCGACUUGGUGAGUGUCAACGGCAUAUUCCGCUACCGUCACUUUGCUAAAUAAAUAUUUUAUUUUAUAUAAGAGGGGGCAAACGCGCAUUAGGCUCAAGUGAUUGGAAAUGGUGAGGCAAGCGCCCAUGGAUAUCCGCAACAAAAGGGAUCAACAUUUGCGUUGCCGGCCUUUAAGGUAGGUGUAUGCUCAUUUCAUGAAGAUCCCAAAGUCGUAUUGGUGCGAGGAAGCAGCAUCCGGUAAUUGAUUCCACAAAUUGGCUACAUUAGGCUGGAAAUAUAUGUAUCUGUUAGUUUAAUGUGCGUAGGGUACUAGGAAAACAAAUAAUAAAACUAUUUAUUAAGUUAGUUUGUUUCAUUAGAAGAGACAAAUACUUACAAAAAUCACAAGUUCUCAAUUAUAGGUAUGUUGUGGAUUUCGUAUUUCAGAUGUGGAUAAUCAAUAAUAGUUUAUCAGUUUCGGUUGCGGUUACAGAUUUAAAAUUAGUUCAGAUUAUCCGAUUAUUUCGGAUAGUUUCAAUUAUAGAUAUUCGAAUUUUUUUUAAAUAUUGUAUAUAUAAAUUAUGAUUUGAUUGAUGUAAUUAUUGAACUAGAUCAAAGACGUAUUUUGCUCAUAUCUCACAGGAAGAUAUAAUAUCUAGUUAAAAAUAUAAUGUUUAAAGUGUUAAUGUUCAAGUUUAGUUGUAGAAACAUUUUGAAAAUAACAAUUUUUGUCUUCCGUCAUCCGUUUAUGAGUAUAGUGUCUUGGAUAGAUCCAAAAAUGUUUUGACGGAUGUGGCGAAGAAAAACAAAAGAAUAAUAAUAAUAGAAAUUAUAAAUAUAUUAUGAGGUGAGAAUGAAAACACUUCACUGUUUAAUAACUAACUGCAAAUUUGCGAUUGUAAUUGCGAUGCGAUUUAUAUACUAACGGCCUUACAAAUAAACUUGGUAUAAAGUUAUAACUGAUGAUAAACAAAGAUGCUUAAUGUUUACAAUAUCCGUGACAACACUGUCAAUACAAUGAUAAUUCUGAAGUUUUCCGAAUGACAAGCUGCCUUACAAAUAAACGCGGGGAACGUUUUACGUCUGAAUAAACCAUUCGUAAGCAAAAUGUCUAUUUGUAAACAUUUUACAUAUUCUUGGUUUAUGCUUAGUUAUAAAUUUAUGCCAAUUUUAUUUGUAAGGCCGUAAAUGUUUAUGUGAAAUAUGAAAUAUAAUUUUCCAAUAGAUGAUUUUCAAAUACUUAUUCAAUAAUUAUAUCCUGAUUAACAUACUUAGUCUGGCCAUAAAUAUUCUGGCCAAAAAUUAAAUCUAAACAAAAUAUUACAUUUGAAUUUGGAAUCUGUCAUAUUUAUAGGAUUGUUCAUUGAGUUUUCUCAUUUUGGCGCCAAUACAUUGUACAAUAUUUUUCGAUAUUAAAAUGGAGUGAAUCGCUAAAAAGAGAACUGAAUCGCUGUGAUUGCAUUCCAUAAAGUAGGGAUGGAGCCAAAUGCAAUACUUAAAACUCUCCAUACGCUUGGUGUUGGUAAAAUGUUUAUGUACUGGGCUGUUAAUAGGUACAAUGAGACCUCCUCUGUUAGUGACAGAAAAAGAUCUGGCCGUCUACAUAGUAUUCGUACGAAAAAGGCUGUCAAGGCAGUAAGGGAAGAAUUCGAAGAAAUCCUGUAAAAGAAAUGAAUGUUACUUGCAAUAUAUUCUUUUUUACUAGGUAGUUGGUAAUUUGCUUUUUUUUAUUUUUUUCAUAAUGGCUUCGGGUUGAUGUAAUUUUGAAAUAAGAUAUGAUAUUUCAGUGAGACUCGCAAGAUUUAGAUAAUUCAUCUGUCAUUAAAAUAAUUUAAUUUGGCAACCUCAAUUAUUGAUCUUUACAGCAAUACAGUCAAGGGUAUUCAUUGACAAAUAAACACAUUUCCCUUCAUGUAGUAUUCGAAAACUGGCUUUGUUCUACAUUAUUAAAGCUAAAUCAUCGUUUUUCUUUGAGUUGCAUACACAAACAUGAUAUUGUCUGAUGUAUACGUGACCCGAAACCAGUGGUUCUCUCUGGAGGUUAUUUACUCUUGUUGCCUGAGCAAACAUUUGCUAUCGUCUAAAGCUUUAACAUAACUACUUAGUUUUAGAUUUUAGAGAGCAAACGCUUCGUUGACGAGAGAUUGUACAUGAGAAGUUUGCUAGUUGUGACAUAAAUCGAUUAGAUACUACAGGAAUAUACUGCUUCGUUCACUACUAAAAGAAUAUAGAAUUUGUUGCUUAGUACUAAAUUGUACUAACAACUGUUAUUGUUUAAGCGAAGCUUGUACAUCUACAAGAUAAAUAUUUUAAAUAUGUACUAAACGAAACAAGUAAUUAGUAAAUUAAAUUAUAGAUGACAAGAUGUCAAGAUGUCAAUUUAUGGUUGGACAAAAUUAAAAGUAUAAAUAGUAUAAUUUCAGUUUUGUUUUUAAUAUUUAGACCCUCUUAGGGUUAAGCAUUCUGUGAAUUUGUUUACAAUUCUUAUUAUUGAAAAUUAUCUGAGCCUAAAAUUUACACUUAUCUGUAUAAAUAGAACACAAAGUAGGUAUCUCUCUUUCUAUACUGUUUUAAUAAAACUUAUGAUAUAGCUAUUUUAUAUUCUUUUGACAUUCCAAUUUUUAAUAACACUGAAUAUAAACAAAAAGGUGUUAAAUUAAAAUAUCCAUCUACCCUACAAUAAAUACAAGAAUAGGUAUGCGCAACUCCUACUCCAGUGCCAGUUGUUCGAAAACAGUCGACCUGAGAGGACGCGUCACUGUUAGUUAUGAAUUUAACUUAACCGAAUUCUAGUCAAAAUCUAAGUCAAAGAAUUUAAUACAAUUCAAUACUUUACAACAUCAAAUCGCCUAUUUGUUUAUACUUUUUGUAUUUUGUUAAAAAAUAAUGUUAUUUGUUAUUUUUAUAGUUUAAGGCAUUUUAGAUAACAAUAUACAUAUUUAAAUACAACUUAUGUUAUAUUAUAAGUCUAAUAUUAAUAUUAUAAUA